AUGGCUACUCCUACUCAGCAAGUCUUUCCUCAAGGUCAAUUGACUCUGCAGGUUGGUGGGCCUCAGCCUCAGCCACCCGCGUCUUCCAGCAUUGUCACAGGCCAGCUAGCUGUCCAGCCUGCCGUAGCCCAAGGUCAGCAAAGCUUCCCUGGACCUACGGCACUGGCAAGACAAGGACCCAGUCCAUUGGCUUUGGAAUUUUUGGCGACUUAUAUUGCAAAUCCGCGUCGUACCCAACCUCCGCCUUCAAGCACAAAGAGAUAUCUCAAGGUGGACGAUGAGAUUGUGACCAGCAACAAGCGACGCAAGACGAAGAGCAGACGCAAGAAUGCAGCAGUCUAUGACCCCACGAAGAAGACUAUGCUCUAUGAGGUGCCUCCCGAGAUUGUCAGAGCCAUUUUUGACAAACUCGAUGUUCCAUCCAGGGUCAGCUUGUCACUGACAUCCAAAUUCUUCUACGAAAUAAGCAAGAAGGUCGACACUGGAGUGACCGACUUGCCUUCUCCGGUUCGUAUGCAUGCAAAAUGCCAUGACAUGCCCUGUGUGUACACAAAUCAUUUGAGUGAUCGUCGGAUUCUCCUUCUCAUGCUGAAAUCAUGGAUGCCACACGGCACCACCUUGUGCUGGAUCUGUAUGAAAUAUACCAGAACCAGCGCGGAGAAGUGGAGAGAGACCAACGCGGUCAAUCUGCUGGGCCUCAAUCGCAUUGCACUUCCUGCGUUGGAUUUGUUGAAUCUUCGCAAGGUCCGCUGCCACGACGCUUGCCUGCCCAACAAGGGUCGCGACGCCUUUUACCAUUGGCUCCGACGACGACCUGGAAGCUUUGGUGGUUUCGAAGAGAUUUCGAUGUACUCUGCUCAUUUUAUUCCUCGCGAUGGAGCUGGAUUCAUUGAAUAUGACUCCGGUGAGACUGGAUGGUAG